GAAAAUAAUCUUUCUACAAUUACAGCGUAAAAGUCACCCUGAAAUAAGCUGUCAAUAAUUCUAUAUUAUUAUAAAACAUGAAUUUAAAAAAGAUUAACUAGUUAAAAUGAACAGGGUCCCAUUAUUUAACGAAUUUAGAUUGAUCGAGAGAAGUGAAUCUGAUAUCAAUGGAGUUUGGAAAGGCGCCCACCUCCUGCUGUUCUUCCUGGCCUUCGUGUUCGGCUCGUUCUGCACGUUUUGCUUUCACAUGCUGAUGUACCUGUUCGAUGAGAAAUGCGUCUUGUUCCCCAAGCUACUCUCGUUGACGUCAUUGCGGCAUAACGUCAUCUAUGAGUUCAUACCAUCUAGCAAGGAUCUUGCUGACAUGCCAGUGGACUUCCUGAGCACUCAAUGGGUUGAGAAGAGCACGUGUUCCCUGCCGACGUACGUGCCGCUGGUGUCGGGUAUCUUCGGCUUAGUGUGGACCACCAUGUUCCUUAUGUGUUCCACGGGCAGUAGGACCUUGACAGGGUUGCAGCGUCCGUGGCGAGUGCUGCCGCCAGUGUUCGUGUUCUCUCUGGCGAUGGGUGGUCUCUGUAUUUACUCGUCCGCCGUCACCCACUAUGGCCUACAAGAACUUUGUCUUAAACUCGGAGAAAUCACUGGGAGUUCAACGUGUACGUAUACUGUGAAUGUGGCGACCCUGACAUAUGAGCGUCGCAUCCGAGGCGUGUACCAAGCCACCCGCCUGACGAUCCUGUCGGCCUGGCUGCACACCGCCUGCUGGCUGCUCUCCGCACUGCUCGCCCUGGUGCGCGUCCUACUCGCCGUAGACUUCCAACUUGUUUGCGUCCACGUACGACUUCACGGAGAUGUCGAGAAAAUUCUGGAAAAGGAUGAAGUCCAAAUUAGAACAGUCUCCCCUGAUCCUUUUGAAAGAGAUAGCUUCACUGAUGUUUACAGCAAAUCACUAUUAAGAAAUAUUGGCGACGACGAUCAAGGUGAAAUAACAAUGUUGUUUGAUGACUCGGAAACAGUCCGGCACUCCGACUUACUAGAAGAACAAAUUUCCGAACUAUCGCUAGUUCCUGACGAAAAGAGGAAACUAGUGAGAUUAAGAGCAUACAAAGCUGUCGAGAAAGCCCACCAAUUUAUAGUAAGAGACUUGUAUAACUUACUAUAUACAAUGGUCAUACCUGAAUCUCCAAUAGAGUCAGUCUCAAUGGCCGGUUCUCUCACCAGUGUCGUUUCUAGUCGCUCCGUCGGCGAUAUUUCAAGUCGUCAAAUAAGCAUCAACAGACAAGUCGGUAGAGAAAACGUUGCAUCCCAACCGAAAGAUGUAAAGCCAUUUGAGAGUGCACAAGAAGACCCAACACUUGAUUUCCCUGAUGAAGUUGAAGAGAUAAUGAAAUCAGAAAGUUUCGUGAGCCUGGAACGUAUGGUAAGAAAAGUUAAAGAAGUUUUUGAUUUUAGAAAACAGAGAAUUGAAUUCGAACAGCCUACUACCUCAAGGGCCCUGGAGAGUCGUUCAGAAUCAGUAUUAAACUUGUCUGUUGAAAUGAGAAAUCUUUUAGACUUAGAUGAAGAGAAACUAAACCAAACAAAGAAAUCGAAUUUAAAAACGAUUGGUGUACAAACUGACAAGAGUAAGAAACGUAAACGCUCCGUACGAGUCAAGAUAGCAGACAGAGACAGCAGCCAACCAGAAACCGAGACCGAAUCUGACACUUCACCCGAUCUAAAGGAUGAAGUUGACAAAGAAACGCAAACCGGUCCUAAGGAAAAACAAGACUGAGAAACAAUGAGUGCUGAAUCCCGAAUCCCCAAAUCUUUUAGACGUAGUCAACAAGAAAUAAGCAUAGUCACACUAGCUUAUGUGGUCAAUGUUUUUGAAUUUACAGAAUAUAAUGAUUUCAGCACUACUGUUAA